AUGCUGGUUAACUACAUUGUUAAGACAUAUGCCCCUGUCUGGUUUGUAAUUAAAAGAUAUCAGUCAGUGAAAUAUGGGCCGAAACAUAUCUUUAAGGUUGUUCAAACAACGAGAUAUUUGCCAGAUGAUAUUAAAAAAAUCAUCGAUCCUGUAAUUCAGAGAAGUGCCUUUUUUUGUCACCCAGAGAACAUGUUGUUGGCUAUGAUAGUCGAUGAGAGAGAGCACAUACGAGAGUUGGGUUACAGGAGAGUACUAAGGGCAAAAACUGAAAUUCCGAAAGGGAAGUCUGUUAGAAACUUUGUAACUCCAUUAAUAAAUUUUGAUGCCACAGACUACACUGAGUAA